GCGGAUCUUCCUCUUCCUCUGUCCGAAGCUAUGGCGGCCAGCGUGAAGAUGGUGGCCAUGGUGGUGCCCAUCGUCUUCCUUGCCGCCACCACACUCACGUUCGAUCUGGUCAAUAGACACGUUCCAGGACCUUACAUGGAUGAGAUCUUCCAUAUACCCCAGGCAAUGCGCUAUUGUCGAGGUGAAUUCGACAGCUACGACCCGAAGCUCACUACACCACCGGGGCUCUACUUGGCUUCUGUAGGAGCGGCUCGACUGCUCAGUUGGAUCGGUCACCUUCUGUCAGCUUUACCUUCCGACUGGAAAGACAAGCCACCUUGCGGCAAGUCGCAUGAGCUCCGUGCUGUCAAUGUCGCCGGUAUACUGCUAUUGCCCUGGCUCUUGGCGAGCUACAGGCUUGCUGGACCGGUUUCACCUGUUGCGACAGACAAGCUGGACAGCCUCAAGCAGACAUUCACCCCCGUGAGCCCCAUGACGGCAGUCACCACGGCACGGUCCGAUCCCUCGCGUGCAGCGGCGUCGGCACGAAGGACAGUCACCUCUCGAGCAAUGCUAGUCAAGCACAGACGACGGAGUGGUCCACUUGGAGGGUUGUGGGAUGUCAUCGGACAGACACUCGAGGACGGUGCUCUAUGUGUCGAGGUGCACACCAUCGCGCUUCUCCCUCCUCUGUACUUCUUCUCUUUCCUCUACUACACUGACGUGCUCAGCACUUUGACGGUCAUUGCCAUGUUUUCUGCCGCCAGGAGGGACAAGCUUUGGUUUGCGGCGCUGCUGGGAGGCGCAUCACUGAUCGUGCGUCAGACGAACAUCGUCUGGCUCCUCUUCGCCUUGGGAACGACAGCGCUGAGGCGUCUGUCCACACUGGGCUUGGAGAAUGACCCUCUUUACGUACACAUCUCCCUCGCCAGCGCGCUUCGCUCCACCGUCAGCUCAAUCCAGAAGCUGCCUCUGCAAGCUACCACGAAGACACUGGCGGGCGUCGUCGCUCCUUUCACACCCGUUGUUGGUCUUGCGGCUGUCUUUGUCGUCCGGAAUGGGGGCAUCGUCUUGGGCGACAAGGAACACCACGUAGCCGCGCUCCACUGGGCCCAGGCGUGCUAUCUCAUCGCCUUCGCCGCACUCUUUGCCUGGCCGACACUCCUCAGUACCUACGCGCGCACCAGCAGUCCAGCAAAGAUGGUGAAAACGGUCGUCAAGGACAUGCUGUCCUUGCAAGCAAUCUGCGAGCUAGCCGUCUUGACCAUCGCUGCGCUCGCGGCCAUCAAAGCUGGGACGCUGUCUCACCCUUUCCUGCUGGCCGACAACCGCCAUUACGCCUUCUACCUCUGGCGCAAGGUCAUCAAUCGAACAUCUGCAUCCAGGUAUCUCCUCUCAAUCCUCUACGCGCUCGCUGCUCGCAUCUGGUGGAUCUGCUUGGGCCGGUCCGAGAGCCUGCUUUGGAUGCUGGGCUUUUCUGCCUGUGCGAUUGCGACCGUCGUCCCAUCGCCUCUAAUCGAGCCGAGGUACUACAUCAUUCCCUUCCUCAUCGCUCGAAUGCACAUAGAUGAUGGGCACCGCGAAAGUAGCAGCACAAGCAGUUCUUCCUCGGUCGACAAACCUGAAGAUGAGGCUCAAAGACCAGCCUCGGCUCCCUCGCCCGCCCUGCUUGCGGAAGCGGCAUGGAUGGUCGCCAUCAAUGCAGCCACACUGUACCUCUUUCUAAAGAAACCUUUCAAGUGGCCCGAUUCAGCCGAGCAGCAGCGCUUCAUGUGGUGACAAAUCAAUGUUAUUUUUCUGACGGACCAUCUCACGGACCCGCCUCCUCGUCUUCGUCCUCGUCGCGACCUUCUCUGAAGCGUGGGUU